AUGGCCAAGUAUCUCAUGUGGAUCCUCCGCGCGCUGCGGUUCACCUGUGACCACGUGCUGUUAGCCUUUCCUGACAUUCAGCCACAUUUGCCACCAACAACCACAAUGUUUGAGUUUCUCGGCCUGGGAUCGACCAAAAAGGCCCAACCUUACGACCUGGGCCAACCAUUAACUGGGCGCUUUGGACAACAGGCUCGACGGGGACCAGUCGUCGUUCUUGUCUUAGGUCGCUCCGGAGCUGGAAAGUCCUAUUUGAUAGACGCAGUCUCUUGUACAGAACCGAACCAGCCAAUAGGACGGCAUGCAAUAACCACAAAAAUGAAAACACACCUUGCAUCAUUCUCCGGAGUGAACUAUCAGCUCAUCGAUACCCCCGGUUUCGAUAAUAUGAAAUUGGAUGAUAUCGAGAUUUGUGCCAGACUUGUCAAGCACCUUCGGGAAUCGAGUUCGACUGGGAACGGCGUCAAUGGAAUUAUAUAUAUCCACCAAUCAGGCGAUCCUCUCCGAAGCGAAUCCUUCUACAAAUAUCUUACGGUGAUUUCACAUGUGUUCCUUGGUGGAGGUGAUCUAGACCGUCUUACUGUCCUUGUACGAAAUGUCGAUCCUCACGGGCCGGGAAAUACGCAAAUUGACGAGGAAAAACAAAACGGCAUGUCGACCAUCGGCAGAUUUCACGCUAUGGGGGCGAGAAUUGUCGCCAGCAGCGCCGAAACGAAUGGCUUUAUCAACGCGAUUCAGUCGUAUGCUUCUACUUACCCUAUCUUGCUUCCGGUCCAAAUGAAUAGGUCUAAUAUCAUUGCCGAUCUUGAGAGUAUCCUACAGAGGACCCCUAUACAGGCGUACACUAGCCAAGAACAGCGCACCAAAAGCGACUAUGAACGAAAACGUCAAGAAUUCGAAUUAAUUCUGGAAGCUAAGCAGCGCAAUCUCGCUCAGUGUCAAGAUGCUCUUCGCCAGGCCGACAAGCUCCGUGUCGAGCUACAUGAAACCGAAGUAAAUCUACGCCAUCAGUCGCAGCAGAUGCAAUACGAAUAUUCCUCACUUCGAUCUGAACUUCAACUUCAAGAAAACUUUGAACAAAGUGAAAUCGUUCAAGAGCUAGAAGAUAUAAAUCGUCAUAUUGAUGAUAUCAGUCGUUCUAUAUCUGCCUAUCUGACUGACACUCAUGUUCGUUCGAUGUUUGGGAGAAAUCCUGCCGAAGUUACCUCUCGAGACGCUCAAAACUUGUCUGAGCUAUUCAGGCUGCUCCAAGCCGAAGAAGGAAAAUGUUCAUUGGUCUCGUCUUCAGAUGGCAAAGGCUUGGAGAUUGAGAGUUUCCUUGAUUUCUCAAUCCGACACAUGCUUUGUACUCUUCUUGUUAUAGGAGUCUUCCAACCAUUUCACCCGGGUAUUAAUUCCGAACAGAGCGCCGCUCUACUGCGCGCAUAUGAAGAUAUCCAGAAACGAGAGUCUCAAACAAGUGCGGGGAAAUGGCGUUCGUCUACUUUCAAAAGCAUUUACACGGACGAUGAAGAACAAACAGGCACAUCAAUUCGUCAACUACUGCAUCUAUUCAUCCGUACACAACUCAACCCUCUGUUAACCUCUGUGUUUGGGAGCAAGGAGGCUACCAUGGACAGACAACACUUCAACCAAAUGUUCGAGCUUGUCAAGAGAGCAUGGAACUGGAAUUCCAAGUUGAAAGGCGAAGUUAUUGUUCUCGGCGAUUUUUGCCAAAUUGCGCAUGCCCCGAAUUCCGAGUUCGAUCCAAACAUAAUGAAAGAGUUCGAGCCACAACCCGGUGUGAGACCUACAUCUGUUUUAGGGACAAUUGGUAUCGGGCUUGUAUCUCUCCGAGCGGUGGGUGGGGGGCGGUCGCCCGAGGAAACGAUAAUAUGCAAGACCACUGUUGCCACUGAUACGUUGUAUGUUUGA